AUGAUAAGAAAAAAGUGGAGUAAAAUAAAGUUGGUAAUAUAUUUUAUUGUAUUUUAUUACUUAACAAAUAUUAAUAAAAAAUGCUUGUUAAUAAAAGAGCGAGAAUUAAAUUUGUCUAUUAGGAAUAUAAGUGAUAAUAAUAAUAUUAUAUCAGAAAAAUAUAAUAAAUAUAAUAUAUAUAAUAAAUAUAAUAUAUAUAAUAAAUAUAAUAUAUAUAAUAAAUAUUAUAUAUUAUCAGUAUUAUAUAAAUUUGGAGUGAUAUUAAAAGAAAUAUAUGAAAAUAAAAUAUUUAUUAAAAAAGAGAGUUGUAAUAAUUUUAUGGUAUCUUCAAAAGUUAUAUAUGGUUUAUAUAAUGAUAUGAAUUAUAGCAAAUAUUCAAAUUUCUGUUUUUCAAAAAAUUCAAAUAAUGGUGUUGUUAUUUUAUCCAAUUUAUAUAUACCCAAUACAAAAUUUUUAAUAUUAGAUAAAAGUGAUGAUGAAAUAUAUAAUUAUGCACAUAAUAAAAAUGGAAAGACAUGUAAAGAUUUAGAAACAGUUGCAUUAUUUGUACAUCCAUUAAAUGAUAUUCCUCCUGAACUUAUGAACAAUACAUAUUUUGUUUAUCAAAAAGAUAUAGAGAAAUCAAUUACACACAAAAACUUAAAUUUUAUUUUAUUAAAUUGUGGAAAGAAAAUUAAAAACGCAUUCAAGAUUGAAUUUAAAAAUAAUAUGAAUUUUUUGAAAAAUCAUUUCUCAUGUGAAGACCAAGGCCUUUUUGAAAUUCAUAUGCUGCUGAUAGUACUACUUUUUGUGCUGUCCUUAGUAUAUUAUAGAAAACGAAAAAACCUAAGUAACACAAAUAAUGUAUUGAAAGAAGCCAUACAUUGUUCUUAUUUAUUCUUCCUUCUUUCUAAUAUAUUAUAUUUUAUACAUUUAAUAUCAUAUGCAUUCAAUGGAUCUGGGUUUAGUAUUCUCAAGGUACUAAGCCAAAUAUAUGAAGCCAUUUUUGAUUGCUUCAUUGUUGUUAUUAUAUAUUAUAUAUUCCAUAAUGAUAUAAAAAAUAAAAAAGAAGAAACAAUAAGGGUAGCUUUUACAUAUUCCAUAUUAAAAUUUAUUUAUAUAUUAUUUGAGAUACAAAAUAAUCAGGAUUUGAAUUUAUAUUCAACUUUACACUCAAUUGUGGCUCUACCUUUUGUUGUUUAUCGUAUAGUAGUUGCAGUAUUAAAUUAUGAUAACAGCAAAAAAUUGCUCAAGGAAAAAACACAAAUGGAUGAAAAAUUCUAUGUCCUUUUUGACACAUUUUUUUAUAAUUUAUGGAUAUUGUCAAUCCCUGUUCAAUAUUUCUUAAUGAAAAGCUUUUCAUUGCACUUCACCCAUUUGUUUGUACACUUUUUUAACCUUUACAUAUUGAUUUAUUUGGUUUACAACUUGUCAGAGGAGAAGUUUUCAGUUUUGGAAUCGAAACAUCCAUAUUUGGAUUUAAAUUAA